AUGUGGGUCCUUGUGGCGGAACGCGCAGACUUUGCUGAUUCGAUCCACGGAUAUACCGGCCUCGUUAAAAGGAUCGUUUUCCGAAACGAGUACGAUGGGAGUCGUCAGCUCCCGCUCAAUACCAAGCCUCUUUGGCUGCGUGGUGGGCUUCGGAAAGCCGGCUUCGUCGUCACAGCGUAA